UGGGUCAUGCCAGGAAGCGAGGGCAGUAGUUUGCAAACAAUGCCGUGUGGCUGCGGCCGCAGAGGAGCCUGAGAAGGCUCCCGCGCUUUCUGCUGCAGCUGCUGCUGCUGCUUCUGGACCAGGCGACUCCUCGCCCCCCGCAGGAUCCGCUCCAUCGGAACUGGGGCAGCAGAUACUGUAAAAAACACCAACAACCCAACCUCAAAGUUUAUGGCAUGGUAUUGCACAUGGAUAAUUGGAAAUAAGUCCUACAAUUUUUCCUGGCAGCGGGGCAUUCAUCUUGGUAAAAUGGAUCCGCCUGGCUACUUGGAUGAUGACUUCUCCACUCUGGAUGGGCUGGAGGAUGAUGUGUUUCAUGCUGAAGAUUGUGGGCUUGCCAGUCAGCCCAGUGAGAUGACCUUUCCUGGCAUUUUUACCCAGAGCAAAUCUUACAACUGUCUCCUGGGGAGAUUCCAGCUCUUCCCACUUACACAUUGUUGUGGCCCUGGCAGCAGGCAGGCCAGGCAGCAAGACAAGGCAACUCAAACCCUCAAUCCAUCCUCUUCCAGCCAGGAUGUGAUGUUACCUUGUGGAGUCACAGAAGAGCCCCAGAGGCUCUUCUAUGGGAAUGCUGGGUACCGUUUACACGUCAAUCCUAUUGGUUUUUCAUUGAAUCCACACUUCCAGGAGGAACCUCAGGAAAGUCCACAGGAAUUGCGUACUGAAGUUCAGAUAGCACGGAAGUUGCAGUGCAUUGCAGACCAAUUCCACAGGCUUCACCUCCAGAGGGUAGGCUUAUUUAGGGAAAUGCGCACCAGCAGAACAGAAAUCAGGUCUGGUGGCAGAUUCUCCUCUUCCUCCAUAACAUGGCCUUGAACAUGGAGGCAAACAGACAUCGUGCAGGCCGGAGGUGAGACCUGUCCUGCCUCUUCAUGGUCCCUUGCAGCCCAUUGGGAACACUGGAUCAGUCCAGGGCAGAGAUGUGCAUGCUGCUGGAUGAAACAUGAGGUUCCCAUGAUACUAAGGAUGCUUCUUGUUGUACAAAGACUUGUUUUAGAAGGACUUUCUCUGUAUCUCCUCAUGGCUUGCUGUCUUCUGAGAUAGGGAGCUUGGGUCCAACACUGUGGAAGAAGAAUUCUCCAACACAAACAAGAUUCAUCUGUACAAGUGGAGAGCUCAUAUAGGGAGCUUUGGUUUUCUCUCGUAAUGGCCUUGCUGUAUUUUGUAAUGUUAGCUGCUGGUUAUAUCCAAGGACUGAUAAGUUGAAAUGCAUUUUGGCUGACUCCCAAAUGAGACAUAUUAAUUUCCUGACAGGAAAAACUUGGAGGAAAAUCUGUUCAGAAGCUAUUAUGAAAUAUAGUAUGUAUUUGCAGCUGGACAGCCAGUAAUUGAAUCUUUGCAUUUUAAUUACUGCAGACACUGGUGUAAAAAGGGAGCAAGGCCUGAGUAGUUAAGUAAAAUCUCUGGAAUUUAUGGAGCCAUGAAAGGGAGGGGGGAAUUAGGUCACAUUCACACAUAUCCUUUCCCCCGACACCAUCUUCAAAAAUGGGGACAAAAAGAGGAAUUUUGUGGAAAAUGGAAAUCCACAUAAUGCUUCAUUGUUAUACAUAAACUUAAUAUAAUAGGCCACAGGAGUGUUCAUAUCUCUGCUACUGAGGAUGGA